AUGUCGUUCGGAUCAACGCCCUCGAUGGGCAUAUCAACUCCUUCCAAGUUGAUGCCGUUCCAGUCGUCUUCGUUGAUUCCAUUCCAAUCGGACUCGUUGAUACCAUUCCAAUUCGGAUCAACACCUUCGUUGAUGUUAUCAUUUACCACGGGUGUCGCCACAACGUGCGCGUAA